AUGCCUGCUCCCAGAGUUGGUGUGGCACUGGCGAUGCUCUCCUGGACAUGCUGGACUGCAGCACAUCUUUUCGGGUGGUUUGGCUCGGGCUGGUUUCCAGUGCGUCAUCCAGGUAGGCCGCCGCGGGAAAAUGUGCGACGACUGUCCUGCAACAUUCAAAGGCCGCUGCAGACACUGGAGUUCAGAGAAGUUGGCUCCAAAUCUGAAGCAUUGGGAUCAGAUAUUCGGUUGCCUCAUUGUGGCGUGAAUUCAGAGAGACAGCUAGAUUCGCGAACGGUUUUGGGACCAGUUGCGGCAGUUUCAGCAGGCGGUCGUCACACCUGCGCAGUGAGAUCCGAUGGUCAGUUGCUCUGCUUUGGAAGGAAUGAACACGGACAAUGCCAUGUGCCAACAGAUUUGGGGCCAGUUGUGGCAGUUGCAGCAGGCGCUUAUCACACCUGCGAAGUGAGAUCAGAUGGUCAGUUGGUCUGCUUUGGGCGGAACGAACACGGACAAUGCGAUGUGCCAACAGAUUUGGGGCCAGUUGUGGCAGUUGCAGCAGGCGCUUAUCACACCUGCGCAGUGAGAUCUGACGGCCAGUUGGUCUGCUUUGGAUGUAACGACGACGGACAAUGUGAUGUGCCAACGGAUUUCGGGCCAGUUGUGGCAGUUGCAGCGGGCUCUUUUCACACUUGCGCAGUGAGAUCAGAUGGUCAGUUGGUCUGCUUUGGAUUGAAUGUACACGGACAAUGCGAUGUGCCAACGGAUUCCGGGCCAGCUGUGGCAGUUGCAGCAAGGGGUUGUCACACUUGCGCAGUGAGAUCAGAUGGUCAGUUGGUCUGCUUUGGAUGGAACGACGACGGACAAUGUGGUGUGCCAACAGAUUUCGGGCCACCAGUUGUGGCAGUUGCAGCGGGCUGUUUUCACACUUGCGCAGUGAGAUCAGAUGGUCAGUUGGUCUGCUUUGGAUUGAACAUACACGGACAAUGUGAUGUGCCAACGGAUUUCGGGCCAGUUGUGGCAGUUGCAGCAGGCGGUUGUCACACCUGCGCCGUGAGAUCAGAUGGUCAGUUGGUCUGCUUUGGAAUGAACGAACACGGACAAUGUGAAGUGCCGUUGGAACUAGGAACAUCUUUGUCGUAG